UAAUAAAUAAAAAGAGCUCAACCCAAAGUUUUUCUUUCUCCAUCUGUCAAAGCUCAGUCACCAUGCGCCUGCUUGUUUUCAUUGCUACCAUAACCCUGACUUUGGCUGUUUCCUCAGCAGUGCUUCAGCGGUUUGAGCAAGCACCUAAACCAGAUGGGUCUCUGAGCUUCUUGGUGGUUGGAGAUUGGGGAAGAAAAGGAGCUUACAACCAAUCUAAAGUUGCUGUCCAGAUGGCUGUUAUUGGAAAGCAAUUGGACAUCGAUUUUGUGAUUUCCACCGGCGAUAAUUUUUACGAGGAUGGCUUGACAGGCAUAAAUGAUCCAGCCUUUGACGAGUCAUUCACCAAAAUCUAUACUGCUCCCAGCUUGCAGAAGCAAUGGUACAAUGUUUUGGGCAACCAUGACUAUAGGGGUGAUGCUGAGGCACAGCUGAGUCCUGUCCUCACAAAACUUGACAAGAGAUGGUUUUGCAUGAGAUCUUAUAUUGUCAAUGCAGAAGUUGUAGAGUUUUUCUUCGUAGAUACUACUCCGUUUGUGGACAAAUACUUUACAGAACCCAAGGAUCAUGUUUAUGAUUGGAGAGGCGUAUUGCCUAGAAGACAAUACAUUUCCAACCUCCUCAAGGAUGUGGAUUUGGCUUUAAAACAAUCACAUGCAAAGUGGAAGAUUGUGGUUGGUCACCAUACAAUUCGAAGUGCUGGGCAUCACGGUAAUACGGUAGAGCUUGUAAAGCAGCUUCUCCCAAUUCUUGAGGCAAACAACAUUGAUCUUUACAUAAAUGGACACGAUCACUGCCUAGAGCACAUAAGCAGUCUUGACAGUGGAAUUCAAUUUUUGACUAGCGGUGGUGGGUCAAAGGCGUGGAAGGGUGAUAUACACUCGUGGAAGAUAGAAGAGAUGAAGUUAUAUUAUGAUGGCCAAGGAUUCAUGUCUGUGCAGGUUACUGAAACUGAACUUGAUGUAGCAUUCUACGAUGUCUUUGGCAAUGUUCUACACAAAUGGAAAACAUCCAAACAACUUCUCUCAACCCUGUGAACAAAGUUCAAAUGCAGUUAUGUACGAAAUAAAUCACGGGUGUAGAAACAAGAAGAAGAAAAAAAAAAAACCAAUUGUGGUGAAUCGUUAAUUGGCUCAUUUGUUUGGGCUUCAGAUUUGAAACUAAGCAAUUGGUUAUGAACUGUUGCGAAAUAUUUACUUACUAGCAAUUUUCACAGCUCAAUACAAUACGGAAUGG